AUGGUGCGGCUUCGUCACCCCACCUCUGCGCAGGCGCUCUGCGACCAGGGGCUUUUCAGGGCCUCCUCGGCUCAGCAAAUUCUCUCAGGCCUGGGCAAGGUUUUCGCCGAAGGUCUCACCGGGGUCAUCGGUGCUGCCGAGGUGUCGACGUUGCGCCCCGAGGAUGUUUCCUCGGCCGGGGAUGCCGCCUUUUCAGGGACGGAGCCCGUGAGCCAGGUGGAGGUUUUCAUCAGCCACACAUGGGGUUCGCCGCGAUGGCUCAAGUACCUGGGCAUCUGCUACUUUCUCAACAUGGGCCUAGCAGUGAAGGCUGCAGUGACAGCGUGGCUGCUGGCCGUCGUCGGCCUAAUGGUCUUCAAGGUGACGAAGAUGUUUUGCGGCCGGCAAUAUCUGCUUCUUCUGCUCACCGAGUUCCCUGUGCUCGUCUUCUUUCUGUUCUUCUUCUUCGGUCAAAGCCUCUCCCGUGGCCUCUGGGCCCCCACGUUCUGGUUGGACAAGCUGUGCAUCCACCAGACGAACCAGAACUUGAAGGCCCAGCAGGUCGCAGCCCUUCCCGUCUUCGUAGCUCGGUCAACGCGGAUGCUGGUCCUCUGGGACGACACCUACUUCGAAAGGCUUUGGUGCAACAUGGAGAUGGCUACUUUUGCGCAGUAUUCCGAGAGCCCAGAAAAGAUGGAGUUCGUUCCUUUGUGGCUGGCUCCGUGGCUACUGUCUGCAGUACUGCUGGACUUACUUGGAGUGGAGUUUCUGCGCUUUAUGGAGGCUGAUGAGGGAACCGAAAUGAUCACUCAGACGGGCAUAAAGAUGGGUUCGGCUAUGCUGGGUGAUUCGAAAGAAGCUCUUCUCUUCCUGGAGGGGUUCCUGCACAACUUCCCGUACUUUGUCUGCUACCUGCCCAUGGCUCUUCCCACCAUGCUUUCCUUCAAAAACAAAAUUCACGGGCAUCAGCUGAUGCUACGGCAGAUGGCCAGCUUUGAUGUCAAGAAGGCGAAGUGCUCUGUAGAGAGCGAUCGCCCGCUGGUUGAAGAGCAGGUCGCUAUGCACUUCCAGCCCAAAUUGGACACUGAUGUCAUUGUUGCAGGAGGUUCGGAACCAGCUCCGGAAGCUGUAGAAUCUGGAGCAUUGCAGGAGGAAGCGCUGGAUAGGUUCAACAGUUACGUGCAGGGACCCCUACGAAGCACCCUCUUGGAUUGCAUUGGGGAUGUGCACGAUGUGCCCUUUCAGUUGUGCAGUCUUUGCAUGCUACCCAUGACGACUUCCAAUGCCACUGCCAUCAUCCCGGGUGCCUGGGAGGGCUGCGAGACACUGACAAAAUUGGGGUAUCCAAAUCCGUGGGACUGGAGAUUUGGGGGGAUGCCCUCUCUUGUGGCUUGGUGUCUUGCCCAAACCCUUGUCUAUCCAGUCACCUUCCCGCUUUUGCUGCGCCUUCUUCAGCAAGUGGAGAGUGCAAUCGAGAAUGCGUGGAUGCGACUACUUUUGGGGAUACUUUGCAGCUGCUUCGUUUACGCCUACACAUUCUUCGUCGCCGGUAUCAUUUUUGGAUGUGCAAUGGUGCUGAGCCAGAGAUCUUCUUUCUUCUGGAUGGCUGCCUCCCUCUUCGCGUUCGCCUUCUUGGUGAUUCAGUUCUGGCUUCUCUUCGGACCUCGGCGAGCGAGAGGCUGCGGCAGUUGCCGGUGUGUGGAGUACAGAGGUGGAGAAGAUUCGAAGCCUUUCCUCUCACUCCACUGCUACGACGGAGCAUGA